AGGAGGAGGAGGAGGGAGGGGCGUUCGGAGGGCCAGCGAUGGCGGCUCCAGAGCAACCGGAGGCUGAGAUAGAGGAGGCUGGACAGGUGUUCCUCUUGAUGAAGAAGGACUAUCGAAUUUCACGUAAUGUGCGACUAGCCUGGUUUCUUGGUCGUUUGCAUCAGGUUAUCUGCUCAAUGUCUGAAGCUGAAUUGGUAAAGUCAGACAGUGAGUUAGAUAUUCUCAGCAUCCUGCCAAACAGCUGGCAACCUGAUGAGCCUUUGCAAAUUAAGCCGUACCUCCUAGUGCCUUCAACACAUGUCACUUUCCUUGCACACCAGUACCGUUUUGUGAUUGAACUGGAUUUGAGUCCAUCUACAGGGAUUGUAGAUGACUCUCCUGGGGAGAUAAUUUUUGAUGAAGUGUUCUAUGCUCUCUCAAGGUGUUUAGGAGGAUUGUUAAAGCCCUUUAGAAUCCCAGGUUCUGAUAUUAUAUUUCAACCUGAGAUUUUCAUCACUAUCCAAGCAUAUUCUUCUAUCAUUAGCCUACAGAUGCAUCAGGUGCUGUUCCAAGGUUGCCUGUCGAAUGGAACAAAGACAGAAACCUUUUUGAACCAGGUUUAUACACAGUUGUGCGCCUUUGAAAACAAAGUGGCUGAGAUACUCCAACACCAAUAUGAAGCCAAAACUCAGGUGGACUUGUCAUCCCUUAACCAGGAGCAUGUUUGUGACACUCAGGAAAUGCCAGGGAAGAAGUUGGGAGUUUCAAUGGUUACAGCUGAUGUUGGACUUGUCAGUAUGAUUCGACAGGGAAUUUUGGCAUUGCAGCUGCUUCCUUCCAAUUCCACUGCAGGGAUCAUUGUGAUCACAGAUGGUGUCACCAGUGUGCCAGAUGUAGCAGUCUGUGAGACUCUGCUCAAUCAACUACGCAGUGGGACUGUGGCCUGCUCUUUUAUUCAGGUGGGAGGAGUCUAUUCUUAUGACUGCAGUUUUGGUCAUGUUCCUAAUGUUGAGCUCAUGAAGUUCAUUGCAAUGGCAACAUUUGGCACAUACCUUUCCACAUGUCCUGAAGUUGAGCCUUCUAGUUUAGACAUGAACGUCUACCAUAAAGCUUUUCUCCCAUAUUCCUUUCUGCGCAGUGGGGAAUCCUUGAAUCCUGAAUAUUACUGUGUCUCCCAGCACAGAUUAUUCAAUGAACAUCUUGUUUCUGCAAGCAGCAACCCAGCCCUUGCCUUGAGGCGAAAGAAGCAUACAGAAAAGGAGGUCCAUGCUGAUCUUAUUAGUAUAAUCUCUGUGCGGCUACGAGAAGGCUAUAGUAUCCGUGAAGUCAAUAUUACAAAAGGUGGUACUCAGCUGGAAGUGAAGCUCAUCUUGCUAUGGAAGCACAAUAUGAGAAUUGAGUAUUUGGCUGUGGCUCCCUGGCCCCUAGAUCCUUCGAAACGUAGCACAUGGGUGGAAGUCACUAUGGAGGGCAGUUAUGACAUUUUGCACGACAUCAGCUGUACUGUACGGAAGCCCAUCACCAGCCUCUAUCGCACCACUGUGAUACGCCGCUUCUGGAACACCCUGCAGAGUAUCAACCAAACUGACCAGAUGCUGGUUCAUCUGCAGUCAUUUGACAGUGUCCCAGAGCAUUUCACCAUUCCUGAAAGCACUCGAAAUGGCGUGCCACUGUUCUAUAUUCCUCCAGGAUCUACUACACCGGUCCUGUCCUUGCAGCAUAGUAGCUCAGAUUCCAGUCACUCACAGUUUGCAGCCUAUUGGAAGCCCAUCUUGUCGAUGGAUGCCAAUCUCUGGCAGAGGUGGUUGCACAUGCACCGCAUUGUUAUCCUCUUGGAACACGACAUGCCAGUCCCAAAGCAUUUGCACACCCCAGGCAACAAUGGUCGUUACAGCACCAUCCAGUGUCGCAUUUCCCAUUCAGCUCUGACUUCUUUGCUGCGUGAUUGGAGUAGCUUUGUGCUGGUAGAAGGCUACUCUUAUGUCAAGCUCAUGCACAGCUCUGAAGAUCUGCCUCCUUUUUCAUUUUAUGUGGUGAGGAUUAUUUCCAAAGCUCCCUGCAUGGUUCUUCGGCUGGGUUUCCCCAUUGGGACACUUGCAAAACUCAGGAAUAAAAUAGUAGAAGAAUUGAGAGACUGUAUCCUUCAGUUACGUUUCCCCCACAGAGUACAGAGCAAAGAGGCAACUCCAAAAGUAAAGCGAAAGGUCCUUGGCAGCAGUUCCCCAUCAAAAUCAUCUUGUUUGCCUAUGGCCCAGCCACCCCUCUCAGACAGACCUUGCCUUAUAGUAUUGCAUAAACCUCUGGAAAAACUCCUUAUCAGAUACGAAAAGCUGCCCUCUGACUAUCAUGUUCCAUGUCUUUUACCCUUGGAGAAUCCUCCCAUGUCAGGUCCGCUUACUAUGGUGGCCAACCGCACAGCUUCCUCUACCGUGGCCUCCUUAUCUCGCUAUUUUUAUCACCAGCGCUGGAUCUGGUGUGUACAGUCAGGGCUGGUCCCAGCAGUGCCCAUCACAGCUGUGGCCCAACUACUGUCCACUCUCACUGAGAUACGCUUGUCUGAAGGCUUCCAUUUUGCUUCCAGUGGUGAAGGGAUUGUCAGUAUGGUCCAAGAAUUACCUAUGAAGAGUGAUUCCACAAGAGUGAGUGGCAAUGAGAAGCACACCUGCAUUGUCCAAUAUGUGAUAUUCCCGCCACAUGCUACAUCUACCAAAGACAGUUUCUCUACAGAUGAAGAUAAUGAUACAGAAGUGGAGGCAAUUGAGGUGGACAUGGAAUUGAACAUUGUCACAGAAUGCUGGGUUGAACCUCAAAGCGGCUAUGUGGAUGGUGUUCAGGAGAGUUGGCAGUACCUACACGGCUUAUCCUACCAGAAAAUCCCCAAAGCGAUCUAUCCUCGAGAUCUGUCCUGCAUCCAUACUGUGCUUGCUUUUGAGUAUAUCAGCCAACUUUGCCAAAAUAAGGACUGGGUUUUCCCAGCAUGCGAUUCAAGGCCCACUGAGGUUGAAGGUCGUGAUGCUCGAAGUGGCUCCCGUGUACAUGAGAUUCCUUUCCAGUUUGACCUCAUGAAACUUCUACCAAAAUGCCAGCAAAUUGAGAUGGGUUUUUUGAUGCUGACAAGAGAAAACGAUGGAAUCAUAAAGGAUUCUUCUUUCUUGCCCAAUGAAAUGCUUCUUAGCCUUUUUCAUGGCUGUCUCCAGCAUGACCUCAGUGACAGGGAAAUCACACUAUUGGACACAGAUCAUGUAACUUUCAUGGAGCAGGUGCUUCAGCGAGACAGAGAUGGCCACCCACCCCCAUUUAAGCUCUCUAUGGUUCAAGAAGAACUCCCAAAGGCUUCCAUUCCUUCUGAAUGCCAGAAUCGGAAAAAUACUUAUCACUCUUUUGGCAACAAAGAUACAGCUACCUCUGCAAGUACAUAUCAGACUCCAGUUAAUAUAAAGGAGUCAAAAAAUGAUAUCUCGCCAACAUCUGUUAUACUCUUUCCCCAAUGGAGAUGUUAUGCCAAGCUGGUAAACCCACAGCAUCUUUUCCUUACCUUCUUGCCAGCUAUGUUCUCAGAUGUACAGAGAUUGAUGGCUCCUGGGCCAGACCAAACCUCAAAAGAGACAGACCUUACAUUGCCCCAAGAAGCACAAGAGCUGAAGCCUAUGGCCUUGCUUCCAGCUGUCAGCAUAACACCGGCGGAUGAAAGUGACCAGACUAUAGGAGAUCUAGAUGCUGGAUCCAAAAAAGAAGGACGCAUCUCCUUCGGCCGCCAAGCAUCUCAGCCUGACCUGAGUGAGAACUGCCGAGUUCGCUGUCCUGUCUUUGUCUACAGUUGCUCCUUGGAGGUGCUACGGGAGCAGAUGAUAAAUUCUAGGACAGAGAAAUCUCUACGGGAUAUCUUUUUCAGAAGCCAGUCUAUGGAGCGCCCCACUAGUGCUCCUUGGCUAGAUUCCAAGCACAAGGAAGUGGUGAGUUACUGCACUUUGCUACAGGAACAUUCUCACCAGUGCUAUGUGAAAGGACUAUUUCGGAGUCUUCAGCAGGGUCACAACAUUAGCUCUCCUGAUCUGCUAAUCGCCAUGGAUUAUUGUGAGGAACUUCUGCAGGAGAUUGAUAUCACUCGCUUCCUGCUAACACUAUGUAAUCAUGUGCGCUCCUUCUGUGAGCGCCACCAGCAGCAACUGUUUGUCAGCCUAGAAGGAAAUCAAGCAUCCAAACCACGUGGAGUACUAACUUCGGUUUCCAGUGUUGAAACAGAGGAUUUCAGUGAAGCAGAUUCCCACGGCUCUGCCUGUCCUUCCCAAGAGCCCCACCAGAGCUGUGACUCAGAAUUCCCUCUCUCGCUACUAGACAGCAAGCAACCUUGCCAAGUGCAACCUGACUUACAAGGGAUCAUCCAGGAGAAAUUCUUGGAAAUUAGCAGCUUAUAUUUUAAGCCAGUGCCAUCCAACCCCCAUUACUAUUUCUAUUGCCCGCCUUCCACCAAAAAAGAGGAAGAGGUUUCACGGGACCAUCAAGACCGAAAAGGCAGUGAAGACGUUGAGAGUUCAGAAAAUGAUCUGGCAACUGAUGAAGGGAACACAUCCAGCUAUGCCAUUGGCACUGAGAGUGACCCAGAACUGGAGGUAGAAUAUCGGGAGCGCUUGGACCAAGAAUUUUUAGAAGCCGGCUCCUUGUCAGACUCCAAUACUGUUAACCAGGAUGAUGACUCCUUCAGUGUCCUGGGAGACUCCCUGGCAGAACAGGAACUGCUGGAGCAAGACAUGCCUCCCCUCUUUAUGCACUUGACCUGUUCUGUGAAGCUACGCAGCCAGCACUGUUCCAUGCCUGUUCGCUCGCUGCCCACCUGCCUAGGAGAUGUGCUGGGCGGCCUUGAAAGCUCUAAGACACUUCACACAAUUGACCUUUCUGACCUUUGUGUGACCCUUGACAUUUUUGUCUUGACUGUUCCUCUGGAGAUCGAAAUGGUGAACGAUUUACAUCACAAUAGAUACACCUCUGAGAGCAGCGUCUCCUUCACCCGUUCCCCAGGACAGCCCUCUUCUUUCCGUUCAGAUGAUGAGCUUAUGCACACCUUGGACAGAAUGCCAUCCUCCUCCACUGAUUGGCAUCCAGCACUCUCCAAUCUUCCUGCAGUGCACAGGCAAGCUGUUGAAGCCACUAUGACAGAAAUCCGUUGGCUCCUGGAUGAUGAGAUUGUGUCAGCAUUGCGUUACUCACAGCCUGUUACUGCUAGCAUCUUGAGUCAAGCAGCUUCUCACAUCUAUAGUUCCCAGGGCCGCCCAAGCUGCCAUUGUGAGGUGGUCCCUCUGCAAUUUGUAUUUGGACCUGAGAAUUCUCUGGAAAGGUUUUGUGAGGAGUUCCAGAAAAUGCCCUUGCCCGGCUAUGUCCUCAAUGCUGAGGGAAGUGAUUUCUACUAUGCAUCCGUCAGUCGCCUACAUGCCUCAGUCAGUGGACCCAGCCCUUCUGUUACUCUCGAGAGCACUAUGACAGGAGGCAGAUGUGACAGCAGCAGCAAAACAGAAGGCUCCCUACCCUGUUCUACUCCCCCUGAUGAAGCUCAAAGUCUCUGGGCAUGGCCAGCAAAUGAAAACAAGACUGGAGAAUGUCUGGGCAUAAGUAACCAAGUACCUGUUGAGGUGUCAGCCCAAUUAACAUCUGUGGAUCACCAGACCAGUAUUUUGGAGCAGGGUUGUCCAGGUGAGGAAACUCCUUUGACGCAGGCGCAACCUCAGGCUUCCUUUUCAGACAAAUGGAGCAGUGAGCAAUCUCCGUUAGCUACACCAUCUCUACCAAAUCUAACAGAAUCUGUGUUCCCCAGCAAGGAAGGUGGUUAUAGGAAGCAACAGCUUAGUCAAGUGCAAAGUUUGGUGUCAAGCCAGGGAAGCAUGGAUUCUGAUCUUCUUGGAUAUGAUGGAGGUAGCAGUGAUUCUGAAGGUGAGGAGGCAGUGAUGAGUGACCUAGAAUCCAGGUGCCCUCUGAUACCUGACUUCUGGCUGAUCAUCAAGAUCCACCAGGAUCGGGUUGAAGUUUAUUCCCAUACGCGCAGCUACAAUGCAGUAAAAGCAACACAGAUUGAGGAAGGAGAAUGCAUACAACUUCACCGGGCAAUGAUAAAGAAGGUUGGAGAGGUUUGCCGUGUUGUUAACCAGCGGUUGCUGCUGCAAGAUCUGCAUGAUAGCCACAUUUGUAAUUCUCUGUUGGUCGCUGAGAGUGAGGAGGAUAUCUGGAAAACUGAAACACCUUAUACCUAUCGGCAGCGCACUGGGCCUGAUGAUUAUCCUGGAGAGGAAAGCUACCAGCCCCGUGACUAUCUUGCAGCCACUAUGCAGUUCAUACCUGGACAUUUUGCCUGUGAUGCAGUCUGGAGUACCACCAUUCAUGUGCAUUCAAGGCUCAAGAUGGGGCCCAAUAUGGGUGUUGCACGUGCUAUCCAAGCCCUGCGCUCUGUGCUCAAUGCCUUCUCAGUUGUGAACAGGAAAAAUAUGUUUGUUUACCAGGAGCGUGCAACCAAGUCUGUUUUUUAUUUACGGCUGUCCGAAACCACUUCUGGUGGGAAGGCUGGGGAAAAUGAAAUCCAAAGUCUUGUGUGCCGUUCGCUGGCACUUUCACGCAGCCAGGAGCCCAUUUACACUGAAGACAUGAGUGGCUCUCACUCAUCCUUGGGAACAGCCUCUUUCCGCAGCGUGGAUUCCGCUCGUCCUAUAAGCCAAAUUGAUAGACACAUCCAACUAGUGGUUCAUGGAGUGGCACCAGCAGGACCUGAGAUCACAGACGAGCUGGUGAAGGUUCUGCGUAGACGUCUGGAUGAAGCCACCCUGGAUAUCAUCACAGUUAUGCUUGUGCGGAACUGCAAACUCACUCCAGCUGAUGUGGAGUUCAUACAACCUCCUGGGAGCCUGCCCACUGAAGUACUGCAAUUUACUCUUCCUACUUCAUGCCUGCCUUGGCUUCCAGCUGUAGCCUGCUAUCUGCGGCAGAAUCUGCUGAUCUUUCUGCACACACCCAAAUACACAGAUAGUAAUGUGGAGAACCACUUCAAGCACUGCCUGAACCAGAAUAGCAGCAGCAGCAGUCCUGAAUUGGAUCUCUAUUUAUAUAAUAAGCCAGGAGGUCAAGGCACUGGUGGCAAAGGUUCCAUGUUGGAUCUUGUGCAGCACCUGUUUCCACCUUCCCAGUUUCAAGGUGUUGCAUGCAUUGCCCUGUCCUUUGUGGAUAACUGCGGAAAUCCCAUUUCACUGGCUCGCUGGGUGAGGCCCUCCACUGUCCUGCUGAGCACUUCAUUUCUUCCAGAGGCGGACUUUGAGAGCUUGACUACAGCCAACAAGCAUGAGUGUGAACCUGGCAAGUCACAGUCAGCUCUCUCUCCUCUAGUACGCUUUGACAUCUGGGAGAAGGGAAACAUCAGCUUGCUGCAACUGUCUGAAAGACUGCGCCAUGCCUUGCGCCAUGCCCUCUGUGAUGCCCUCAUGGAAUUUCAUGUGCUCCCCAAUCCGUUGUGUGUUGAGACAUCCACUGAGCUGGAGGAUCCGGAUAAUGUUGGAAGCCUGCGUCGGACAAUGUCUGAAUCAAAAGGACUGACUCACAAUGCCAGAGGCAGAGCAUGCCCUCCGCCUCUGCCCUUCUCAGUGCCCACCACAAGUUUGGGUGAACCUGUCACACCUACAAGCAAGAUGGGACGACGGAGCUUCUGGGAUAAGCUGAGCAAACCAGAAAUGGCAGACCAAGGAAGCCCCAAGACUACAGAUGACAUUGUGUUGGAGCGACCUGAAGAGACUCGCAGUCGCCGUCGCCAUAAGACUGAAAGCGUAAAGCAGCAUUCAAGCCAGGAACGUGCUGCUUCUGAGCAGGAGCAGAACCAAAGACGUCGGACUUUCCAGCUAGAGGAGGGAGAUGUUGGAAUUUUGCACCCAGUUUUCAGUCAGACUUGCCAGUCCUGGAUGGCUUUCAUGAACCGUUUGGGGUGUUCAUCAGUGCAGCAGUGUGUCCUAGAAAGUGUCUCCCGCUUCCUGCUGCCUUCUAUCAUGCUGCAAGUAGUGAAUCUCGUCACUACUUUAGCAAGCGACACCACUGUCAAAGUGUUUGAAAAAGUCAGUGGUUCUCAAGGCAUGUCCUUUGCGCCAUAUUCUCUGACCCCAGGCACCAGUGCCCGACCGGCUGUUAUUCGACAAUUUAUUCUGCUUGGACGGAGCUUCCACCAGUGGCGCUGCAGCACAGAACAAGCUGUCAAAGGAUUCCAGCGUUUCGAGAGUACUGAGCUUAGCUCUACAGAUAAGGGUUGUGAUGUCGCUCCCCGACAAAGAUUCCUCUUCAUGGAAAUCAUUGACAAAAAGUUGGUGCUGUACACUUACAAUUGGUCCGUAGACUUGGGCAGUGCCCUGAAUAACUCACUCACUCGCUUACUACAGUGGCAAAAUGCCCGAGCCCAUGUAGUACACUGCCUGCUUAGCCAGAAGCUUGGGCUGUUCCAUCAUUACUGUUAUAUGGAGACCCCCUGGCACGAGGACAGCAAGCAGGAGCAAAAUCCCUUCCUAAAUUCUACCCUGGAAAUUGAUGCCCUGAUCCGGAGCCCCAGUGUUCCUCCAAGCAAGGAGCAAGGACGUCUCAGCAGUUCUGCACGCAUCUUGCAGCCUUUGCACUUUCCUCCAGACAUGGUGCCCUUUGACGAAGCUCUUCGAGAUGUUUCAGUCAUCCAACCUAUUGUUCACAACCCAGAACAGGGUGUUCAUGACCCUGUAGCCCAGCAUGGAGCUCAGUUCCUAGAGAUCAAGAACACAGAGAGGAAAGAGCUGGAGAAACAGAUGAAGAUUGAGAACCUUUUUGUGACAUGGCAACAGCGUUCUGCUCAAUCCAACAUGCCCAUCAGUCUUGCAGACCUAGACACCCUGAAGCAGUCAUCACGCUUGGUCCAUUACUGUGCUACACCCCUGCUCUUUGAUCCAGGCUUCCGGCAGCAGAUUCAGGCAGACCAACAAAGCAAGCUGGAAGGCAAGAAGCGCCAUCGCUCCAAUGACUCCACAGCAUCCGGUAGGGACCGUAGCCACAGUUGUGACUCUGCAGAAGGGCUACCAUGUCGAUCCAAGGAUGAGGCCUGGCUGCUGGAACUAUGUCAUGCCUUUCUCCAGCAGUACAUACAGUAUCUGCAGAGCAUGGGCUUCAUCUUAGUACAGGUGCGCCCAGCCUCACCUGCUCGCAGCAGCACCAGCCGGAUUAGAGCUCUGGCAUCAAUGGCUGGUGAGACACGGGGCUCCUUCUCAUACUCCAGGCCAAAGGUGGAUGGGAGUCCAAAGACCACGAACCCUCCUGUCACAGCAUACCAUUUGCAAAGAGCUUUGCCUGGGGGCAUUGUACUAAUGGAAUUGGCUUUCCAGGGAUGCUAUUUUUGUGUCAAACAAUAUGCGCUGGAAUGCUCACGAAUCCCCAUGGGCCAGACUGUCAACUCACAGCUUUCCAUGCUCUUCACAGAGGAGUGUGACAAAGUACGUGAUCUUAUGCACGUGCAUUCGUUCAGUUACGAUUUUCACCUGCGUAUUGUGCACCAGUAUCUACUUGGAUCUCACAUGGCAUUACGGCAAGGUUAUCACCUCACAAGCUUCCUGGAAGACUUCAUCACACAACAUCCUGACAUCCCCAAGUUUGGACGCAACCACAUUUUUCAGGGUACACUAGCUUUGCCUACCAACACCAUCACAGCCCAUCAACUCUAUAAUUAUAUAACUGAUCAUGCCAGCACCUACCAUAUGAAACCCCUGCGCAUGGCCCGGCCAGGAACUACCAAUGAGAGCAAGAAAGGGACUCCUAGCUCUGAGCAAAAUGAAUAUGCGCUGGUCUCCAUUUGGAACAGCUCUGGUUCCUACAAAGAUUCAGAGGGAUUGCAUCAUCAUGAUGAUUUUGAUGUGUCUCUGCUUGUGUGCCACAGUGCUGUGCCCUUUGAAGACCAGAGUGAGGCAGACCGACACAUGUUGCGGUUGCAAUAUUACGUAAUCAUGACAAGCCAACGGGAGCUCUUCCCUCGAUUAACAGCGGACAUGCGGCGCUUCAAAAAACUGCCACGCCUACAGCGAGAGGCACUAGAACCUGUCCUGGGACGCUCAGCAUGGGAGACAGCAGAGGGUGGCCGGCAGCGAAAGGAAGUUCCAGAUCCUUGGGAGGAGGUAGACGAUCAUGGCGAGUUCUAUGCAGGUGGCCCCCAGGUCAAGGUGGGCCCGGGACUCUUCUACAGCUCCCCACUGUUUCCAUUACUUGCCUCUGAGGUUGCUGCUGCCCAGAAACAGCUCAGCACCAUGGUACAAUGUGCCAAGGGCCACUGUCGCCGGGACAACCUCUGGAAGAGGCUCUUCUUGCUGGAGCCUCUGGCUUCUGACAAGCUUAAGCUGGGCAAGCUGUCUCUAAGUGAGCUGGAGGAGCUGUUGGAUGCUGUGCAUAAGAAGUCCAUUGCUGACAUUGAUCCCCAGUUGAGCUGCUUCCUCACUAUGACUGCCUCCUGGUACCAGAGUCUUAUCAAAGUCCUACUCAGUCGUUUCCCACAGAGUUGUCGCCAUUUCCAGAAUGCUGAUGCUGGUACCCAGUACCUGGUGGUUCUGAACCAGAAAUUCACAGACUGUUUUGUGCUUGUAUUCCUUGAUUCGCAUUCAGGAAAAACAAGCCUGACGGUGGUCUUUCGAGAGCUGUUCCCAGUUCAACCCCAGGACAGUGAAAGCCCUCUGCCACAACUUGUGUCCACGUACCACCACCUGGAAUCCGUUAUCAACACAGCUUGCUUCAACCUCUGGACAGGGCUGCUCUAGAAUCAGCUGGACCUUCUGACUGCUCCACAGGCAUCUACAACAAGCCUAGAAUGGAGGUCCCCUGACAGGACUGUGAUCUGAGGCUGUAGCUUGCUAGAUAAGAAGUCGGAACAUUGAAUCUGACCGGGCCAAGAGCGGGAAUCAUGAAGAGAAAACAACAUGGCUGGCCGACUUAAAAGAGCAGGAUAUGCUUAUUCAAAGAAAUUACUCUAGGAGGCAUCUGAAGGAUGGCCCAUGUUUCUGGGGCCUCUUUGAGAUGAAAGGCCAAAAGACUACUGGAGUCGCUGAUCUGGGCGAUUGGCUAGACUGACACUAUUAAAGCAUAUGGGAAGGGUUCUGCACAAUGGUGGGAAUGUUUUAUAUGAAGUGAAUGUACAGUAAAUUAAAUAAAUGGAUUACAUGAAUUUAUUUAUUAAAUAAACUAAAUGGCUUACUAA